GACAGAUCCGAAGUGCGCGCACAAAGACGCCUCAGACAGCGUGCGAUCCCGAUAUAUACAGAAUUACAGUAUUUCAAAAAAUCUGUUUUGGUUUGUGCCAAAUUUGGUGGUAUUACCAGGGGUUUUAAGGUAUUUGCUCAUUUGCUCAUUGCGACUCAUUUUGCCAGCAUGGGACACAUUUAUUUAGAAAGCUGACACCUGGGAGUUUACAGUUCAAGACUCAGAAUUACUCAGACUGUUAUUAAUAUGGAGUUAUAUAAGCUCAAAAAUAAAAAUAAAAAAUAUUAUAUAAAUAUAACAUUUAAAUUACGGCUGUCACGAUAACAGAUUUGUCACACCACGGUUAUCGUGGCCAAAAGAAUUCACAGUAACGAUAUAUUGUGAUAUCUAUAGAAACCUUGGAAAAAAAAGUUUUGUUUUUGUUUUUUUCAUUGCAUACAACAAAUACAACAACUGAGCUCUCUAAAGAAAUAACUAGGAGAGAGAAAAUAAAAAAAAAAAAAACUGGCAAGGCAUGCAGGCGCGUCUCUCUUAUACAGUUUGUGAGCAGUUAAAAUUGCAAUAAACAAGUAUACGUUGUGAACAAAUAAUUUGUAGAGAACUGAAUCAGAAUGCGCGAAUGGAAAAAUCAAGUGAGCCCAGAGCGGUUUGUGUUCAGAUUGCAUGUUUUUAGCAAACCGUACUGUAAAAUGAAAUCGAACCGUACUUAGACCACCUCCUGAGAUGGUCUCGGUUUGGUUCGCUUUUAAGGGGUCUGAGAUUGUUUGGAGUGUCCACAUAUGGGCCAAAAAUCAUGCAAACCGUGCUCAGACACCUGAAAAGGACCAAGUGUGAAAACACCCUAAUGUCUGGCACGGAGAACUGCCCCAUUAACGAUUCUGUUGUUCUCUCUCAAUGAAUGUUAGCAUCUUUGCCGGUAUUAAACUUAAUCUUCAUUAUUCUUUUAUCAUUAUUCUUUUGUUUUUAUUCAGCCAUUAUUAGCCUUUAUUCUGACAUUGCUUGCCCAUCCACACUGCUUUCAUCCUAGAUUUGUUAAUCCACCUAUCACCUGAAGUCUUUCAAAAAAAAAAAAAAAAAAAAAAAAAAAAAAAGCAUAUUCUUGUGAUGUAAAUUCUUUUAACAAAACAGAUCGUGAAAUAGAUAUAGCUCCUGGAGCAGCAGGUGCAUAAGAGCUACAAUUAGCAUCAAGAUACAUAACACAAUUUAAAAGAUUAAUAUUACACAUUUACUCAAAAUUCACUUUAAAGUGUUUGUAAUAACUUCUGAUUGCGAUCUAAUAUAGAUUUUGAUCAUAUCAUUUUGUUGAAAUAUGUUAUAUUUAGCAUUUUACAUGGAGCUCGCUACACUUGUUUAGCAUGUAUGCUGUAGACAUUCUUUACUCAUAUGAAAAUACCCCAAAUAGCAUGAAAAUCACACAAAAAAUCAUAUACUAUCGUAAUAGUGUUUAUUUUCUUAAUUUUUGACAUGUAGAAGCAUUUCUUUGGCUUUGUUUUUCACUGAGCUGCGAAGCAAGAAGUUUGCACAGGAUGUGGUCAUGCAGAAGGCAGGAAUUAUGCCACGUAAGAUGAUUGACAGCCCUAGACAAAAUCAGCACUCACUGAGUCAUAUAACUCACAUGCAAAACCCGAAACAGAACAGACAGAUAUCGCUCUGUACCCUGUUUUAGAUCUUCAGAUUGCAUAAUUCAGUGUGAAAUGAAUAGAAAUUAUAUUCUGUAUGACAAAAUAUUUUGCAAACGUGAGAAUAAAUCAAUAUAAAUAUAAAUCAUUUCCCCAAAGAUGUGCACUUUUGGACUAAAAGGCGCUGUUCAGUAGAGCUGUGUGAACACAAAUAAACCGCAGCAGAGAUGACUCGUUUUAUCAUAAAACAUGGUCUAUUAUCGAAACUGGAGCCUUUAAUCUUUCUAAUGAUACACGUUUUGUCCAUAUGACAUUAAGAACGUGAUUUCGAGGUAUUGUACUAUAAACAUUACAAGAGAUUAAAACGCACUUCAAUAUAUUUUAAAUAUAUUCUACAUUUGUUGUAGGUGUUGCUAUGGUGACAUCAGUCAGAAUGGCUCCUCCUCUUCUGAUCAUUCUCCUCGUGAUUCAUGGGGUUUCUAGUGGUGAUUGGGGUGUGAGUUACAGUCCUUCACACAUCUGUGCACUAAAUGACUCAUCAGUGAUAAUGAGCUGCACUUAUACAUACCCUACUGGAUAUCAGAUCAUGAGAGUCUUCUGGACCAAAGGCACUGUAAAAAAGGGCCAAGAGCGAACAGAUCUGUCUGAGGACCCUGAAUACAGACAGAGGCUUCAGUAUCUGGGAGAUAAACAGCAGAACUGCACUAUGAGACUGAGUCAUGUGAAGGAUUCACAGAAGUACUAUUUCAGAUUCAUCACUGAUAAGGACAAAGCGAUGGGCAUGACUGGAGUGACUCUUACUGUCACAGAUCUUCAGGUGGAGUCUCCUGAGAGAGUGACAGAGGGAGAUUCAGUCCGUCUGACAUGUAAAAGCAGCUGCACUCUGACUGACAGAGCAACAUUCAUCUGGUACAGAAACUCACAGCCAUUAACUGAGAGAAGAGACAGAAACAAUGAACUCCUGCUGCAGUCAGUCAGAAGAGAGGAUGCAGGCAGAUAUAGCUGUGCUGUACACGGACACAAUCACACCUCUCCUGCUGUUCAGCUCAAUGUCAUGUACGCUCCCAGGAGCGUCUCGGUGUCCAUCAGUCCAUCUGGUGAAAUAGUGUCAGGAGAUUCAGUGACUCUGAUCUGCAGCAGUGAUUCAAACCCUCCUGCUCUGAACUUCAACUGGUUUAAAGGAGGAAUGUUUGUAGGAUCUGGAAGAAUCUACAACAUCUCAAAGAUCAGCUCUGAUGACAGUGAAGGAUACAAGUGCAAGUCCAUCAAUGAACAUGGAGAGAAAUACUCUGAUGCUGUGACUUUAAACAUCAUGUACCCACCCAGGAAUGUCUCAGUCUCCAUCAUUCAGUCUGGUCAGAUUUGGGCGAGAGAUUCAGUGACUCUGAUCUGCAGCAGUGAUUCAAACCCUCCUGCUCUGAACUUCAGAUGGUUUAAGGAGAAUGAAAGCUCAGCUGUUGGAUCUGGACAGAGUUUCAGUGCACUACAGAGUGGACGCUUCUACUGUCAGGCUCACAAUCAACAUGGAUCUCAGAGAUCAGACGCUGUAACUGUGACUGUUAAAGUUGUAGGACGUCUGGUGAUAUUAUACAUAUCCAUUGGAGUGAUUUGUGGAGCUGCAGUAAUCAUUACGACGUUACUGAUUUGGAGAAGCAGAAUGAAAAAGAGAAUGGAGUCUCAGAUGAAUCAGUCCAGACCUCAUGAUAGACGCAAAGCUUGCAAUGUUGAAUUGAGUGAACCUGUGUAUAUGAAUGUAACGCUUGACAUGAAGAUGCCAUAGUAUUUGAAAUGCAUGGCAAAAUAUGCCUACCUUUGGGUGGAGCCCUGAAUGAUUGACAGAUCAUUUUAUACAAAGUGACUUAAAUGAUAAACACCGUAACCAAUUUGUCAAAAGAGCCAGCAAUAUUUGCUGUGCACAAUGCUAAGUUUAAAUUGUAAGCUACAUUAAUGCAAGCUUGUACAAAAGUGAAAUGCUGAAAAUAUGAUAUAGAACAAUAUUUUUUUUUAAGCACUUGCAAAGGUGUCUUCAGCAUGAUGUUUUACUGAAGUGAUGUGAGGAUUAUUUGAUUCAAGGACUGAGGGAAAUGGGGGAGGAAAAGUAUCAUGAAUUUAUGCAAAGUGUCUAAUCACUGAAGUGUGUUUUUUUAUUUACAUUUUGUUUUUAAUUACUUCAUUUACAUGUGUUAUGGUGUUUCAACCUUUAGUAUCAAUGUUAAUGUUUUCAAGGCAUAUAAUAAAGCUCUAUUAUGGGAAUAGUCUACUGUCCUUCAAUACUGCCAAUCAACAUAAACAAUAAUAAACAGCAAUACGUUUAGAAUUUGCUAGACACACACACACUGUACUGUACUAAACAACACUGAUAACCCACAGUUCUUUACACUAGUUAAUUUUGUAUGAAAACAAUAUAAAUAUUAUGAGUCUUUCCCUGAAGAUGUCAUACUUUUCGUGGUCUUUGCACCACAUGUGGUGCACAGUGGUAUGCCUAAUUUUUCUCUUUUUAAGAUGAAUGUGGAUCUGUGAUUUUAAAUGCCAAGCUCCAAAAAGCUUCAUAAAACACUCCAUAAGACUGGUAAGUAACAUUAAAAGUAUUUUGAAGCCAUACAGGUUUGUUAAAGGAUUACUGACUGAUAAUCUUGAGAUAAUCUGGCACUGUUACUCUCAAAAUCAUUUGUAGUUGAGUUUUUAAAUGUUUUUUUCUCCCUGUACAUUCUUACAUCGCAAACAUCCUAAAUAUGUAAAUGGUUAUAUAUUUAAAGUUGGGAAUGCCCAUCAUGUCCAUCAACUGUCCAGAGCAUCGCUGCCCCUGGCCAUCAGGCAGUCCUUAUUAUCGAACCCUGUAGUUACUAACCUAAAAGUAAAAGAGAUUUGUGGUUGCUUCUCAAGCAGAGGCUGCAUCCUAGUAAGGAUGAACAUCAUCAAGAACUGCUGAAGGCAGUCUCAAUUUGAAGGAUCCUUGGAAGACAGCCUUCCUUUCACGUCCUUCAUUAAACGACUUUGCAUCAAGUGUAUCAUUCAUGUCCUUCAAUCACCCAAAGUCCAAUUCUCGAAAAAAAAGCUGACUGCGUUUACACGGUGCAAGAUGUGAGGGAGAGAAGCUGACUACUCAGCAUACAUGGAAAAAUUAUAAUUUAAUAGAGAACUGUAUUUCCCCAGUUGCAUUCCCCAGAGCGUUGUUAGUGUCCUCUUUGCUCUGCAAUGUUUUUUUACACCAUGAGAAAAUGGACUUGUGGUGUGAGAGUCUCACGAUGAAUGCCUGAGAGUUUGCAGCCCUGAUUUAAGUCAAUAUACACAAUACAAUAUAAAAUAAAUAAAUAUAACACUUAAUUCCUAUGCAAGCUGUCAUGCUAGUAAAAAGUUAGAGAAUUUGCACUGUUCUGUAGCAUUUUAACUGUCAUUGUUUCCAAGUUCCCCAAGAGUUUGAAGUGGAAGCUGGUCAAUAAAAGACAUCAAGAAAUAAAAUGCACACUUCGCUUCACAAUUUCAUGAAAAAUGUCAAUGCUUAAUAUUUCCUUCACAAUUAUGUACAUACAGAAAUAUAUCUUAAUGACUUCUGUAUAUUGCUUAUCCUGUGUGAAACAACUGUGCUAAAGUCCGAAGUAACAGUUAAUUUAUGCACAUAUAUCCUAAUUUAUGUACAUAUGUUUAAUUAUUAUCACUUUUGACCAUUAGGUGGUGCUGUUACCAAAUUGAUGUUGU